AUGUCGGAUCGCCUUUGCAUAGCUACCAAUGGAACCGUGAAGGUAACUCUCUCUGCAGACGACAUCAUGACAUGCUGCACAAUUUGUAGUCUCGGCUUCGGUAGUGGGUGUGAUGGAGGUUCUAUUUAUGACGCUUUCAAGUACUUUGUAAGCGAAGGUGUUGUCACGGGAGGAGACUAUGGCAGUAUGUAUGGCUGUCGUCCAUAUGAGAUCGAACCAGAUAUUUCUCAACUGAAUAAGAAUUCAUACAAAACUUCAAUCCUCUCGAGUACUCCGCCAUGCCGACAGGCCUGCCAACUAGGUUUCGGAAAAUGUUAUGACGAGGACAAAUAUUACGGUGGGCACAUAGUCAGCUGUACUGGUUCCGAAGAAUUCAUUCUAAAUACGAUCGAUAGAUAG